GUGAAGACUCGUAAACCUCGUGAACCUGUUGUAGUGGAACUAUUGGAUUCAGACGAGGAGGAAGAUACGGUCUCAGAGCCCCGAGGUAUAGUACAGAACCCUGAUGAACCUAUUGAGAUAAGUUCUGGGUCGGAGACUGAAGAUCUUCCAAUGGAUUGUUUGCAACCUUCAUCCUCAGGGUAUUAUCAGAAUUAUAAUAAUUGGAAUCCCCAACAGGAUAUGUUCGACAUUUUGAGUUCAGGAUUCAAUUUUGAUGAGUUUGAUGAUUACGGCGGGCGAGGAAAGAAAGGAAAAGGAGAAGGAAAGAAGAGUAAACCUCCCCCACCCCCUCCAGAGUCCUCUGAUGACGACGACCUGAUUGUGGUUAAGACUGACUACAACACCGUGGACCCUUUCACCAAGAAGGAGAUCGUGGAUCCCGUGAAGAACAAGAAGUGUGGACAUAUCUACGAGAAAUCAACCAUCUACUCAAUGAUAGAUUUGGCUCGUGAGAACCAUAAACCGGUUAGAUGCCCAUAUAUGGGAUGUAACUGCAGGGACUUUAAGAAAACAGAUCUACUCAAGGACCGUGAGGUGUUGGCUCACCUGGAGAAGGUGCGGGAUGAGAGGGAGGUUGUCAAGGCGGAGACAGAUAAGGCGGAGAAGGAGAAGAGGCGACGGAAGGCGGAGAAGAAAGCUGAAGGCGGAGAAUCUGAUCAAAGCGCGGAUAGUAUUAUUGAGGACGUUAUUGAGAUGAUCAAGGAUAAGAAGAAAGAGGUCAGUCACAAGAUUUAAUCGAAAGCAAUAAGA